AUGAUCAUUUUUUUCUUGUUAAUUCAAAAGAUCACUAUGUUCAAACCUGAGUUAAAAGAAAUGGAAUUUACCUUGUACCCAACUUAAGGAGAGUACUUUAAAUUCUAUAUCAAUGAAAUUCUAUAUUUAACUGGUUCCCUAUCAUCAUUGACAUGUAAUAUGAAUUCUUAAGUUCCCUAUGUAGAUUUAAUCAAUUCAUUAUAAGAGACUUACAAAGCAGAUGGCAAAAGUAAAAAUCCAUCAAUAUUAAUAUAGAUUUUAAAUCAAUAUCUUCAAAUAAUACUCAUUUUGCUGGUCUGACAUAUACAAACGAAGUUAUUGUGUAUGAAUGGAAGAAUUAAAUCUUGCAAUAAGCUGGAUAACUACUUUAGAUUGAUUCUUCAAUUAAUUGUUUUAGCAUCAAUUUAUUUUUAGAUUCUUAAAUUUUAGUUGAUUGCUAUAAUUAUGAAUAAUUUUCCUUAAUAAAUGUAAUAGAAGAAUAAUCAAAUUUUGUUUAUUAAUCUUAAUCCUAUAUGCCUAAUUCAACUGAAAUAUAAUCAAUUGUAAAUGGAACAAAAACUUUUAUAAUUUAUAUCUAAUAUCUUCAGGAUUAUUCUAUUAUCUCACUAUUUUCAGACUAAUUUUCUAAUUUAAGUAGCUUUAACUCUACAUUUAUUGAUUAUGAUAUUCCUAAUAGAAUAAAUCCUUCAAUUUAUGCAAUCAAUUAGCAAGAGAUUUUCUAAUUUUCUAUAUCAACGGAUUACCAUUUUUCCAAACGUCUAAUUACAUUAUUUUUGAGUGUUUGA